AUGCACGGGUACACAUCGCUCGCCGUGUGCACCCUCGCGGUCAACUGGACCCUGGCCCUCCUGGCCCUCCUGGCCCUCCUGGCCGUGGUCGCCAUCUGCUGGGUUGGGUUCGAGCUCCCUCCCAGGAGGCCCGGGCUGGAUGAUAUCCUUGUCGUCGCCGCGUUCCUGGUCGGCCUCGUCCUCGUGGCCCUGUCGACGUGGGCGCUUGUCGACGAGGGCCUGGGCCGGCACCAGCGGGAUGUGGCUGCGCCGCGGGUUGAGGCUGCUGCGAAGUCCGUCCUCGUCUCCGAGGCCCUGUGGACCCUCACCACAGCCCUCCUCCGCAUCGCAGCAGGCCUCUUCACACGCCGCGUCUUCCGCCCCGCCGCCCCCCUGGCCCGGCGCCUCACCGUGGCCGUCAUGGUCCUCAGCGCCGCGCUGGCGGCCGCCUCCGUCGUGCAGGUCUUCGCCAUCUGCCGCCCGCUCGCGGCGCAGUGGGACCCGCGCGUGCGGGGCGCGUGCGGCGACCAGGCGGUCUCGUUCCUUGUGCUCGAGGCGCUGGGGCUGCUCCUCGACAUCGGGGUGUUGGCCGUCCCGUGUGUUGUGAUUGUGAAGCUGCGGCUUCCGGUCGGCACGAGGGUCGCAUCGGCCUUGAUUGCCAAUAUAGGUGCCGUGUAA